GUGGUGGUGGUGGUGCUGUCAACCGAUCCCAUGGACUGCUGUGCGCGUACGUGCACUGACGACCGGAAGGUAGUCCAACCUGUCACCUGGUGCAAAGGGGGUCCCAUCCACAACACUGCAACCAACAACACUUUCAUUGUCACAGCAGUCAUCGCUCUAUCGGCACUGUGCCCGCCGCGAGAAGAGUCCAAUCUUUAUCUCCUUUACCAGCGUCGUCGUCGAGUAGUGCUGAUCUGCUGUGUGCAGUGCACACCACAGCAGUGACCACUUCCUUCCUGCUUCUGAUCGUGGCUUUGCUGGCUUCGACGCCGGCAGGGGGCUCCGUGAUAUACACUACCGUACCCCUCCAUCAUCCGAACCCCCGACAGGCGCCACUCGCUUUGCUGUGUGUGCCGGUGCUCAGUGCAGCCCAGCUUCGUCCACUGCUCGUCCUUGUUUCUCCUUCAUUGCGCUUGUGCCCGUGCCCCCGUCCAUGGGUGUCGUUGGUGCGAAUUUUCAGGUAGAGGCUCGACGUGGCUUCUUGUGUGACUACACAUAUCCAUGGCUAUCUCGGAGACAGCAGCAGGUGCUGAUGACCGCCCAACAACAACCGCUGGUGUCCGCCCCGAAAGGACUAAGAAGCGCAAACGCUUCCCGCACGGCAACUACACAGGCUACUACAAUACCCGCUACGGGAUUGAUGGCUCUGGCUCUUCUGCCGCCGGUGUCUCCUCAACCACCGCCGCCGCUCCCGCUCCCGCGGGCGCCCGCGACCCUCGGGUGGGGCUGAUGCGAAGGUCCUGGUUCGAGGGAAAAAAGUGUUUGGACGUCGGCUGCAACGAGGGACACCUCACGCUGGCCCUUGUGAGAUCGUUCCGCCCCCAACGGAUGGUGGGUGUGGACAUCGACAGCUAUUUGGUGCGACGAGCUCGGAAGGAGCUCUCGACGGAAAUCAACGCAGCUGCCCAUGCCAGCAAGAGCACAGAGUUCAGGCCGUUGAUGCCGCGUUCGCUGCGCGGUGGCGAAGAUGGCGUCGGUGACGCGGGGCAAGCCACUCCUGCCACCGCGUCCGCCUCCAUAGCGCGCCCCAAUAACGAGGCACAAGGGGCGGAUAGCAGCACCCCGAAUCUAAAGGCAAACGCUGGUGGCGAAAGUAAUGCUGGUGGCGGUAGCGGUGGUGCAAGGUCCACUGAACCAGAAGUGCAUGUGCCCGGCCGGGAAUACGAGUGUCGUGACUCGCGAAAGGGGUCUGUGGGAGAGGCAAGCGAGAGUGUGGCGCUGCCAGAAUCACGCGGGGGUGGCACGACGGGCGGCGCGGCUGCGGGCUCCACCUCCGUUGGUGCAGAGAUUGAUCCCGCUCGGAAGGACAGAGACACAAGGUCGGUUUCCAGAAACGAGAAACCAGUAGCUGUUGUUGGAGGCAACCUAUCAGACACACACGAAGGGGGUGACGAUGCUGCUGCCGACGACACUCCCAGCGGUGCUGCCGUUGCUGAGGCCGCCACCGUCGCCGCUGUCGCCGCUGCCGGCGUGGACGCCGAUGCCGCCGCCGAUCCCGACGCAAGAGUGUUGUCCGGGUGCACAGUGUCGUUUCGCUGCGAGGACUUCGUUGCCGAAGCCCACGGUGACCACGGCUACGACGUCGUGUGUCUGUUCAGCGUGGUAAAGUGGAUACACAUCAACGGCGGGGACGAGGCGUUACGGGGCGUGUUUCGAAAGACGUACAGUCUGCUACGGCCUGGUGGGAGGCUCAUCUUGGAACCUCAGCCAUGGAAAACGUACAGGAAGAGCGCCCGCCAGCAUGGAUCGCCAGAGGCCGCAGUUAUAGUCGGGACCAUAAAGCUUCGCCCUCAGGACUUCCCUGCCUACCUCACGGGAGAGGUGGGGUUUCGCUCCUGGGAGGAAGUCGGGCUGCCGGCGGAAGGCGUAGGAGGCUUCGCGAAAAGAAGCAUACAUGUGUUCGUGAAGUAAACUGCUGACGUCCACAGAACAUUCCUUCAUUUUUUGGAAGAAAGAACGAAGGACCAGCGGACACGGGUGACGCAACGUGAAUACAGAAAAUCAACAGUUCCCGAGAGAGGGGCUACACUCGCCAAUACGGACAGCUAUGUUGAUAGCGUUCCUCCGAGCACCGCGGGGCGUCAUGGGUAUAAUCAUUCACAUGUCCGGCGCAGACGUAACGGGUUUGGGUUUGUGUCAUUGGACAUGCGGUGAUGAGACCAACCCGUGCUUCAUUGUGCACUCGUCGGUGUCAGGUUUGAUAGAAACGUCCUUGGAGGCUUGCAGACAUAUCCGCUUCUCUUCUGGCACAAAGUCCGUCCUGGCGCGGUACCUAGAGAAAUCGUUUGGAUGUGUAGUCUAGGUACACGCGGAAACUAUGGAUUGUGUGUUGGCUGACGGCUGCUACCACGUACACUUGGAAGUUGGCUCAACUCCCGUACAUUCAAUAAUAUUUUAAAUUCUUU